AUCGCCCAACGACCGCAUCCAUCAACGCCAACUGCCCCAUUUCAUCCACCACCUCCACCAACUUCCAAAAACCACAUCAAUCAGUCGAAAUGGCACCAAAGGCAGCACAAAAGACCCCAUCCACCGGCGGCAAGGCACCAGCUGGCAAGGCUCCUGCUGUUGAGAAGAAGGAGGCCGGCAAGAAGACUGCCGCCCCAUCUGGCGACAAGAAGAAGCGCACCAAGACCAGAAAGGAGACCUACUCCUCGUACAUCUACAAGGUCCUCAAGCAGGUACACCCAGACACGGGUAUCUCCAACCGCGCCAUGUCCAUCCUCAACUCUUUCGUGAACGACAUCUUCGAGCGCGUCGCAACAGAGGCAUCCAAGCUCGCUGCAUACAACAAGAAGUCGACAAUCUCAUCGCGCGAAAUCCAAACAUCUGUGCGACUGAUCCUGCCUGGUGAGCUUGCCAAGCACGCCGUGUCUGAAGGCACCAAGGCCGUCACCAAGUACUCUUCUAGCACCAAGUAAACGUGACAUCAUCGGGUUUGAUGGAUGUUGGCGUUGCUUCUUUCGAAUGACAGAUGCCUCACUGAUGGGUGGUGAUGGGCUCUGCUGGGUACAAUGGGCGUUUAGAUAAUGCGAUCAUGGGAUGGGUCUGCUUGAUGUUUCUUAUUUUACGAUUGCUCACAAUACCACGGCGCUGAUACCGCAGUCGGCGGCGCGCAGCAGAGCAGUCGGGCAUGGAUAGGCUGUACAGUAGCAGCUGCGGCAGCGCGAGGGCAAGUCGAUCAGGCUGAGUCCAGCUUGAUAUGAAUGCAUGAUUUCCAACACUACUACUUGCCGUCUCGACUCGUUCAUCUCAUACUGAC